AUGACUUCUAAUCUUUUAACAUUAGGGUAUAUGGACUUGGACUUGGCACUUCGUGUUGAUGAACCUCUAAUACCCACUGAAUCAAGUUCAUUGGUAGAUAAUAAUACCUAUGAAAGGUGGGAGCGGUCUAACCGAUUAAGUUUAAUGCUCAUCAAGUCACAUGUGUGUAAGAACAUUAGAGGUUCAAUCCCAGAGUGUGAUAAAGUAAAGGACUACAAAAAGGCUAUUGAAGAGCAAUUUGUUAGUUCUGAUAAGGCAUUGGCUAGCACCCUAAUGAACAAAUUAUCAGUUAUGAAACAUGGAAAAUCCAAAAGCGUGUGUGAGCACAUAAUGAAAAUGAGGGAUAUUGCAGCCCAACUAAAGUCUUUAGAGAUUCAGAUCUCAGAUUCAUUCCUUGUCCAUUUCAUACUCAACUCUCUUCCUACAGAAUAUGAACCAUUUAAGAUUCCUACAACACAUAAGGAAAAAUGGUCCAUUAAUGAAAUUUUAACCAUGUGUGUACAAGAAGAAGAGAGAUUGAAACAUGAAAAUAUUGAGAGUGCUCAUUUUGUUACUCAAAGGAAUGGACAAUGGAAGAAAGGCAAAAGUGUCGGUGUUAAUAAGUGGAAGAAGGAUGUUAAAGCGCCAUUUAAACGCUAUGGAGACAAAAGUGCCAUUUAA